AUGUACCGGCAGAAUCGCUGUUACAGCUGUAUGUCACCAAUGUAUGAAGAAUUCUUUAAAAAUGGAUUGGAUCGAUAUUUUACUCCUCCAAAGAACUUUUCUUACCAAUGCGAUGAACCGAUGAAUCCCGAGUCUAUGCAUUUGGUAUCAUGUCGUACCAUAUGUCUUACGGUACAACAGGACCUCUAUAUUAUGGGUCAACCCACCGGUAAGCGUUUAUUUAUGCGUGGAUGUGCGUUAACAUUGGCUAGGAGAGGUCUUAACAAUCAUACGCUCAGCAUGUUCGAUCGCUACGAUAUAUGCAGAGAAAUGUCAGCGGCCGAUCUGUUCAGGCAUGACCGGGCCGACUCGCAACGCGUUCGUGUUUGCAGCUGCCUUGGUGAUCGGUAA